GAGAACAGCAGCUGAUCACUAGUUUCUGCUUCUUUACUUCAUUAAUAUUAGGUAUCAGGAAGUCUUGAGUCUUUAACCGUCUGUCAUUAUUCGGUCAGUAUGGAGCUCAGUCUUCUUCCUCUUGUACUCUUGCUGAUUUCAAGCGUCCACUCUGCACACACUGAAGAAAAACCAAAACCCAAAGUGUCCAUUAAACCUGCUCAACAUGUGUUCAGAGGAGAGAAAGUCACUCUCAGAUGUGACAUAUAUGAUGAAGGAGUCACUAGCUGGAGAUACAGCUGGUAUAAAGAAGAUUCAGACAGCGUUUUCAGUGAUCAGCAGGAACACACAUUCAUGUCUGUUACUGAGUCUGACGCAGGUAAAUACAGCUGUGACGGAUUUAAAGGAUCACGCUGGUCACAAAAGAGUGAUGCAGUUACACUGACAGUAUCAGAUCCCAGAGCAGUUUUAAGUGUUUCUCCACAGAACUGGUUGACUGAAGGAGAUCCAGUGACUCUGAUCUGUGAGGUUCACAGCUUCUCUACAGGCUGGACGUUCAGCUGGUUCACUUUAACUGUCUCACCAGAUCAGUAUGAUCAGCUGUCAGACAGCAGCAGAGGAGCAGGAGGAAACUACACGGUCAGUUCUGUUGCUCUAAAUCACACAGGAGUUUAUGUGUGCAGAGCAGAGAGAGAGAAAUCAGUCUAUAAAACACCGUUCAGCAACACACAGCUGCUGUGGGUCACUGGUGUUUCUCCUCCAGUCUCUCUGAUCGUCAGUCCCAGCAGAACUCAACACUUCACAUCUGUCUCUCUCUCUCUGAGCUGUGAGGACCAGAGUAACUCUACUGGAUGGAGAGUGAGAAGAUACACAGACGCUGGACGGCUGGAAGAUUGUUCAUUACGUGGAGGAUCUACAUGUACAUUCAGCUCCACCGUCCCAUCACACACUGGAGUGUACUGGUGUGAGUCUGAAUUUGGAGAGAAACAUCAUCCUGUUAAUAUCACUGUACACUCUGGUGUGAUUCUGGAGAGUCCUGUUCAUCCUGUGACUGAAGGAGAUCAUCUGAUUCUGCGCUGUUUAUAUCAACACACAACCCCAGCAAACCUCAGAGCUGAUUUCUAUAAAGAUGGAUCACUCAUCCAGAAUCAAACUACAGAGAUGAACAUCACCACUGUCUCAAAGUCACAUGAGGGUUUCUACUACUGCAAACACCCGACGAGAGGAGAGUCACCCAAGAGCUGGAUCUCAGUCAGAGGAGGCUCAAAUGAACACUGCUUGUUUCUUUCAGAAUCUCAGAUCUCGGUCCUCAACAUACUCAGUUCUGUGCUGGCAGCUUGUCCAUAUCUGCUAGUGACAGUCAUGCUGGUUUUCGAAUACUGCCGAAUGAGAGGUAAAACAUGACUGAUUUAUUAUAAGUAAUUUAUAUGCU